AAUGAGAACAAAGUGAUUGUUCCUGUUCUCUUUCUUAAGUCACUUCAAAUGCUGUUUGUGCGGCUGGAGCUCAUUGUGAGGAGAGCCGAGCAGGAGACAGCAGGUGAUGGAUGAUUUGAUCUGAUCGUGUAGAAACCUCCAGCAUGGAUUCGAACGAGAGCGAAAGCAAGCGUCCAGAGGACUUCACCAGCAGAAACAUCGACCUUUCUCUUCUUCCCUAUCCUCUUCCUCAUCCCGUUGUGCCUCAGCCACACCGAUACUUCCCGGACAUGAUCGACCUCAACCGACUGCGGCUCCAUCGUGUCGUCCAGGUGAAGCAGGAGACAGUGAAGCCACUGCCGCUGUGGCCUCCGUCGCCGUUACUCCUGCGCUCUCCCGCGCCCUACUUCCCUCCUUUCCACCCUAGUCUGGUCCCGUUCCCGUUCCUCCUGCCCGGCUCCAUCCCGCAUCUCUCUCCGAAUCCCUUCUACCCUACAGAGGCCGUGCGGUUUCGCCGCAGGAGCCAAGAAGCCAGCAAAGUCGAAAAUCUGAACGUGCACGUGGACGACAGCUACUAUAUAGACGUGGGUGGCGAUCAGAAGCGCUGGAAGUGCCGCAUGUGCGAGAAGUCCUACACGUCUAAAUAUAACCUAAUCACGCACAUCCUGGGCCACAGCGGCAUCAAGCCGCACGAAUGCAACCUCUGUGGGAAACUCUUCAAGCAGCUGAGCCACCUGCACACACACAAGCUGACGCACCAGGGCGCGCGGCCGCACAAAUGCCAGGUGUGCCACAAAGCCUUCACACAGACCAGCCACCUGAAGAGACACAUGAUGCAGCACAGCGACGUCAAGCCCUACAGCUGCGGCGUCUGCGGCCGGGGCUUUGCGUAUCCCAGCGAGCUCCGCGCACAUGAGCUCAAGCACGAGAGAGGCCAGGAGAACGUGUGCGUGGAGUGCGGACUCGACUGA